CAUAGGAUCGCGCAACAGCCUCCAGGGCUAUGGCGGCGGCCGGGGACGGGCAGAGCGUUACAACUGCCGCGGCUUCAGAUGCCGGGGCCUUGCGAUCCCUGGGCGCCCAGCUCGAUGAGCGCAUUGUGCAGCUGCUCCUGGAGCUUGAGCAGCUGGAAGGGAAGCGGCUAGCACUGAACGCCCGAGUGGAGGAGGGCUGGUUAUCCCUCUCCAAGACUCGCUAUGCUAUGGGUGCCAAGGCUGUCGGCCCUCUUCAGUAUAGCUCCUCUAUGGCUCCUCUCUUCAGGGUCAGCACCAGUGAGUCCGAGCCUGGUAGGCCUGAAUUCCAGAUGAUUUUUACUACACCCGGGUCCCCGAAGGACACGAAUCCCAAGGAGGACCGAGAUGUGACUGGUUGUGGGGAGCCAAAUUCCGAGUCUCCAGUGCUUCGGAGGCGGCUGCAACCACAGGGGGCUCCUUUGCAACCCACCCCCUCGACACCUGAAACCGCGACGUCUGAGCGGGAUCCCCUGACCUGGUUUGGGAUCUUGGUACCCCAGAGUCUGCGACAGGCCCAAGGAAGUUUCCGGGCAGCUCUGCUGAUGGCCGGGGAGAUUGCCGAGCUCCAGAGCCGAAUCGAGUGGGGAAGAGGCCAGAUUCAAGCCCUACAGCAGGAGAAACAGAAACUGCUUCAUCAGCUGAAGGUGGCAUGAACACAUUCUCUAAAAUUUAGAGUGCAAAUAAAUGAUUUGGUCUCUUGUUUUAUGACUGUCAAGGUUGAAAGUAAAAAAUAAAACGUCUUACAUUUUUCUUUUCUGAAGAAAA